CCCAGAACAAAUAAGCUAUAACCUUGAUUUUUCUUUCAGAAAGGAUACCAAGAGAUUUCUGGCACCGGUUCAUCGAGACCAGGGGAUAUUUAAGAACAGAUCCACUUGAACGCAACCAUGAGGAGCUUGGAGUGCCAGUGUAUUUGACGCUUAAGAUGACUCGGUACUUGACGCCGUCAAAAAUCGGCCUUGUUGUCCUCGUUACGCUCUAUUGCGAUUCCAACGUACCAAAUGGAUCUUUGAUACCCGUUCUAUCUUUUGUACUCUCUCACCUUACCCCUCUCUCAUCAACAGGGUCAAAUGAUGCCGAUCAGCUCAAUUCAGCCAAAAGCUCCAUCACGAUUGAAGAAUUCGAGGCCGCUACUAGAAAACACCAAUCGAUAAGACCUGGGAGAUCCCUAUUCGACCUUUUUAUUAAUGCGCUAUGGGGUAUCGAUUCGCUUCACGCGUUGCAUGAGUUUUUCGGAAAGCUUGAGGACUACCUAGUCCAACCACAGAAAGAAGAUCGUGACGUGCCAAGUAGUAGGAUCCUGCUUUCGCGCACGUCUCCACUGGGAAUAUUUUUCCGUCGUGCUCAUUUGGAGUUUGCGCGGCUACAAUUCGACGACGCUGCAAAAAUUUGGACCGGGUUUCUCAAGUUCAGGGCUCCUACAGAGGCAGCUUGGAGGAGGAGAAACCACGUGUCGUCAGGCCCUUCUUUUGACUUGGCUAUUGCCGAGUUCGAUGUCCGUCGGCCAGAUAGACUGGCGCUAGCAGUCUACGGCUCGAACGACCCUACCGAGUUGGAUGAUGCGGUGCUCAGCUCUGAUGAUAUUGAGCGAUUGCUUGAGUAUGAUCUCGACAAGCUGCAACGAUUUGGUGCGCGAGUUCCAAAACCCAUGCAAGAACAAAUUAAGCAUAUCAUUAAGACUACAGCAAACACACCACAUGUUGCUUAUUUCGUAAGCUUCUUUGACGCGUGGCGAGCAGGCGAUUUCACAAGUGCAUUCGAGAAUUUGCAUCGAUAUUUCGAUUACACCGUCAAAAACCGAGACAAAACCUUUUACCAGUACGCGCUUCUGCACAUGGCCAUAUUGCAAGCAGACUUUGGUUGCUUCGACGAGGCUGUUGCCGCUAUGAACGAAACUAUAGCUACAGCUCGUGAGAAUCAAGAUACUAGCUGCCUGAACUUCAGUCUGAGCUGGCUCAGUCAUCUUAGCAAGACAUUUCCCAAUGAUUUGAACAAAGCGGGUUAUGCUGGCAUGCUGAGUUCAGAGAAAGAUCGUUUAGCUUUCCUUUCAGAGAAGGCAAAGGAGAGUAAGAGUUGGAGUUUGCUAAGCUCAACAUUAUUGAGUGAAGCGAAGUUGGCUUUAUCACUGGGCGGCGAUUCUUCCGUUGUCAGUGAGCACCUAUUUCAAAGUGCACAUCUAAACUUCGUUUAUCACAUCUUCAGCAAUUGCGGUACACAACUCCUCGUUGAAUCGGCAAUGUAUGCGCGGAUGGGGCUCAACGUACUGGCUGAUAACGAUUGCGAGAUACUUCUCGACUGUUACGCCGACUGUUCACCGGUGGAGGAUGUCGUUCGCGCGUUGUGCCGUCGCGCCCAAGGUGCCACGCAAUUUGGACAUUAUGCUCGUGCAAAUGCAAUCAUGGAGAGCUUUGGAGAAGACAUGCUGCGAACACACAAGCUCAAUCAAUACGUCAUCACUCAAUUCGGCUUAGUGAAGAUGAAGCAGGCGUUGCGUAGAUUCGAUAUUGUUGCCGCAGAGCAUAUUCUACGUCAACUUCAAGGAGGAGCAUGGUUCGAUCCCGACCUCGAAUUUCAAAUCUCUGUGCUUGAGAUCGACCUUCUUAUGCGCCGGAAAUCUUUGAAAAGUGCUUUAGAUAAAUUAGAAGAUUGCUUGGGUGAAGCAGCGAAAAUUCAGGCUGAUAUCGUACAUCAAAUUACCCUGCUCCUACUUAAGGCCGAGCUCUUCUCGAGAGCUGGGAAAGCAGGCAAGGGUUUCACAAUUGUGCUGCGAGCCGCAAGUAUGGCCUAUAAGUACAAAUUAAUGCCUCUACUAUGGGAAGCUAUGGGAGCAUUGGCGAAUAUUUUGUCUUUCUUCGGGGAGUUUGACCAUGCAUCUCGAGUCAUAGACGCGGUGUUGCCUCAGGCCCUUGGUGCGAACGAUGCUGCAAUUGCUGCUAUAUUAUACAAUCGUCAGGCGGACGCAUGCAUGGGACUGGCUGGGAAGAGCGAGGCAGGGACCAGACAACGAGCAAGUCUGCUAUCGAAAACGGAAGGAUAUGUCGACAGGGCAAUUGCGCUGUACGAAAAGCUACAAGAUCUUCGGGGCCAGUGCGAAAUGUUGGCUAAAAAGGCGACCAUAGCACGAAUAAGGGGCGAUCUCAAGCUGGCUGAGGAUUGGGCUACAAAGUACCUCACGCUGUAUGAGAGGCAGUUUGGCCACAAAAGCGAUAAUGCAUAAUAGCGUGAAUUUGAGGACUCAAACCAAGACUGCGCACAGUAUAACCCAGCAACUCUAACCAUCACAUUCGAUAGUUUCUAGUACUAUUUACAAAGUAAAUUCUCUC